ACUCACCAGUCCCAUACGCGCCAGAGUCAAAGCACAUCCGAAUCCAUCUGCAGCUGAACUCUGUGCCGUACUCCAAAAGCAACUUUGAUAACUUUUUUUUUUUACUAUUCCCGCGUGGGUUUUGAUUUUGUUUUCCGCCUUUUCGGACGCGAUGGAUAAGUUACUGACGAGCAGUUUCAACUUCAGCACCGCGAACAGCUCCGCGCACAAACCCACUUUCCCCGAAGGUGGCGGCUAUCAGCACCUGGACUCCCCCGAGCUGAAGGCUCUGAUCCCGGCGGUACUGGGCGUGAUCUGCGCGCUGGGCUUUGCGGGCAACCUCACGGCCAUCGGAGUCCUGGUGACCAACGCCCGCAAGGGCAAGCUCUCGCUCAUCAACUCCCUGAUCCUGAACCUGACGCUCGCCGACGGGCUGGUGCUGGCGUUCGGGGCGCCCUUCAAGGCGGCGGCGUACGCCAAAGCCAGCUGGACGCUGGGGUGGUUCGUGUGCAAGACGUGCAACUGGUUCCUCCACUCGUGCAUGGCGGCCAAGAGCUUCACGGUGGCCGUCAUGGCCAAGGCCUGCUUCAGGUACGUGAGCAACCCGACCAAGCAGGUCACCAUCCGCUACAAGACCAUCCUGUCCAUUCUCCUGCUCUGCUGGCUGCUGGCCUGCCUGGUUCCCCUCCCUCACUGGCUGUUUGCGACGCUGAGGCGCGAGGGGGUGGGGCUGCUGUGCGUCCAAGUCAUUCCUGCGUCUGCCUCCGACUUCAUGUCCGUCUACGUCUACCUCUACCCCCUGGUGGCUUUCUGCCUCCCUCUGUGCUUCGCCCUCCUCUACUUCUGGAGGGCCUACAGGAGGUGCCAGCGGAGGGGCACCAAGACCCAGAACCUGAGGACUCAGAUCCGCUCCCGGAAGCUGACGGUCAUGCUGCUGAGCCUGGCCCUGACCUCCGGGACCAUGUGGCUGCCGGAGUGGAUCUCCUGGGUGUGGAUGCGGCACGCGGCCCCCGGG